AUGGAUUCCAUUCGAGAAAUAAAAGACAGGCGUACUUCUCGAGAUAGCGAUGAAAAUAAUGCUGAAUUACAUGGUAAUGAAUGUGCCAACAGACAAGAAAAAGAAACAGGCGAUCGUCUUCAACGCGAACAUUUCCUAAAACCUGAUUCAGAUCAAAUUGACUUGAAUUUAUUACUCGAUGCUGUGCUUGACAUAAAUGACAAGUUAAGAUCUCAAGAAGAAGAUACGAGUUCUUAUGCUAGAAAAUAUACAGAGGAUUGUGACAGUGUGUGUACGUCAAAAUCAUCAAGGAGACCGUUCAAAUCAACACAGGAAACGCCAAGAAGGCGUGAAGCUAGACAGAAUUUUUCGUUUCGUAAUGAACAGGUACUUGCCAUUGACGUUGAAAACCAGAGACUUUUGAGAGAGAUAGGUCGUCCUAGACCACGUUCUGCAGUUUCUACAAGAGAUAGAAAGUUAAAAAACACUGUCCAUGAACCUGUUCGUAUUAAAACAUCGUCAGAAGUGAACAGGAAAAAUUUCCAAAGGAGAAUAGAUGAAGAAAAUCAG